AUGCAAUCUAUACAUUUUGCUGCCUAUCUGUUGGAUCCGAGACAUUGCGGCAACGGGUUGAGUGAUGAAGACAUUUCAAAGGCAACUGAAUUCAUUCAGGAAUACUGUGUGACUAGCGGCUUAGAUGUAACAAAUGUUCUGACGAACAUGGCAGAGUUUAAAACAAAAACGAAUUUUUUUCAAGAAUCAAAGCCUAUUUGGUCUCCAGCGAAGAAGCUACAACCCAGAAUAUGGUGGCAAACAUUUACCUUAAAUCAAAGUGUUGGUGCUAUAGCUAUAAAAAUUUUAAGUGUACCGCCAUCAUCUGCGGCUUCGGAAAGAAACUGGAGUAUGUUUGCUCACACACACACAAAAUUAAGAAACCGCUUGAAACAAUCGAGAGUUCUCAAACUAAUAAGUAUCAGGUCGAAUCUUAAUUUAUUGAAAAAGAAAGAUGAGAAGAUUUUAUAUAAUGAUUCUGAAGAUGAGGAUAGUGAAGAUGGCGAGAUUGAACAUGUGACUACAAGUAACACUGAUCCCCUUGUUUAA